AUGUCUGGCCAACAGAACGGCGACGCCGGCGACCAUGUCGAGCCAGAUUUUGCGCAGGCCUUCAAGGAGCUCGCUCGCGGGGAAGGCGCAGCCACUGCUCUGGAGAACCACCUCGACGCACUGGAAAAGAAGAUCGAGGAGAUGCUCGCAAAAGCUGAAGAAGAUGAGAAAGACCGCAAAUCACGACCCAAACCAUCGGCCACUGACUCGUCUUCGAACGAUGGGAGCAAACCAGCAGCUUGA